AUGUCCCAGAACCCGAACAAACAGAGGGGUCCUGGAACAAUCGAUGUCGCCAAUCUCAACAACGGCACCAAUGGCUCGUCUCCACCGACGUCCUCGUCGAGCCCUGCAGCACCCAAGACUCCAGCUGAAGAGGGCAUCCAGUUCUUCUCCGGCGAGGUCAAGCCUGGCGAACAGCCCAUCAGAGUCUACGAGCUCUUUCUAGAGGACGAUGGAGGCCCUGGAAAAGACAUGCAGUACAUCCGCCUUCCACCGGCCUAUACCCCCUAUAUCCUACGAGUGUCCAUAGAGGCAGGCACACCAGCGGCCAAGAACGGCGUCUUCAAGACCAACUUCCCCUUAGAUGGGAAAACCUUCGGAAGAUCGAGGUUCACAGAGAAGAAACUACCUCAGGACUUUUCAAAGCCUAUCCAAAUAGACCUUCCCAUCGCACAGGCAGGAGCUUACAAGUACUGGGUCGAGUAUGAAGGCACCGAUGGUUCGCGUAUCAAGGGCAGAGAAGGCUUCUUCAAUAUCGAUCCCGUGCUCCGCCUCAAAUCCCGAUCGCGCAUCCUCUCCCCUUCUUUAUCCGUCCUUCCACCAUCCGAAGGCGGCGCCAUCCAAGAUGACUACAUCAAUCUUCCUCAAGAUGGCCUCUCCGUCCUCACAGUCGUCUCCAAAUGGAUGGGUCCCCUGUCUGAAUGGCACAAACACUUCCAAGAAGCAAAGGAGAGAGGAUAUACCAUGUUGCACUACCCUCCUCUUCAGGAACGAGGCGAAAGCAACAGCCCUUACUCCAUCCGAAACCAACUCGGUUACGACAAGGACCUUUUCGGCAACGGCGCGCCCAAAGACGGCAAGAGCGCACAGCAAGAAGUUGAGAAGAUCCUCAGGCUCGCAAGGGAGGAAUACGGACUACUCAGCUUGACUGACGUCGUGCUCAACCACACCGCCAACGACACCCCUUGGUUGUCUGAGCACCCUGAAGCUGGUUUCAGUCCCGCCAACACCCCGCACCUCACUCCUGCUCUCGAACUCGAUACGGCCAUCCUUGAGUUCUCGGAGAAACUAGAGGCAAACGGGUUACCCACGGUAAUCAAAUCAGACGACGAUCUCAUCCGCAUCACCGAAGCGUUCGAGAAGACAGUCCGCUCGCUCAACUUGUGGCAAUACUACGUCCUCAACGCUGCACGCGAGAAAGAGUCCGUCAAGGAAGCCUUGAACUCUGGUCAAGUCACCCCCUGGUCAGGUUCUCUUGUUGCCAACAAGACUGUCGAAGAACUAGCCCACAUCCUUCGCGAGGAGAAAGGUGUCAUCAAGGGUCUCAGUCAAUACGCGUCUCGUUUCGGUGUCCAUGUCGAGCCUGGCAUCGCUGCUGGAUUCAUCAAGGCUGCUUUCACACACCUCAGCGACAAUGAAGCGCUAGCUGAAGCAUGGGGGCGCGUCGUUGACGUCAUCAACGUGCCACUCUACGAAGAAUGGGAGGCAGAUACAAGAGUCGCUGUCGAGAGCGUGAAAAACCGCGUCAAGUAUACCCGACUCGACGAGCACGGGCCCAAGUUGGGUGAAAUUUCGAAAUGGCAACCCCUUGUCGAGCCCUACUUCACACGCGUCACUCCUCCGCAGGGCAAACCAGCGGACCCUCAGACUUACUCUCUCGCCAAUAACGGUUGGAUCUGGGGUGCUGACCCACUCAAGAACUUUGCUCUCCUCCCCUCCAAGGCCUACCUUCGACGUGAAGUCAUCGUAUGGGGCGACUGCGUAAAACUGCGCUACGGCUCCCAACCCUCUGACAACCCCUGGCUCUGGGAUUACAUGACAUCCUACGUCCAAGUCCUUGCCCGCACAUUCGACGGAUUCCGUAUUGACAACUGCCACUCCACCCCACUCGAAGUCGGAACCCACAUGCUCGACGCAGCACGCGUGGUCAAACCCAACCUCUACGUCUGUGCUGAGCUCUUCACAGGGAACGAAGAGACCGAUCUCGUCUUUGUACGCGAGUUGGGUAUCAACAGUCUUAUCCGAGAAUCCUAUAACGGCUGGGACCCCAAGGAAUACUCGCGACUCCUCUACCGAUUCGGGCUGGGCAAACCUAUUGGUUCAAUGGACGCAGCGUGUCUUACCUCCAAGGCCGAGAUACCUAGCCCAACAGGAAAGGGACCGCACCGCGAGGCAAUUAUCUCACCUAUCAAGGGUUCGCUCCCCCACGCCCUCCUCUACGACCUCACCCACGACAACGAAUCUCCCCAUGACAAACGAAGUGCUGAGGAUGCACUGUCCACAGGUGCUCUAGCCGCUUUCAGCAUGUGCGGAACGGGAAGCGUCAAAGGCUUUGAUGAUCUCUAUCCCAAGCUCGUCGAUCUAGUUAGGGAGAAGAGAAAAUACGAGCUUACAGGGCUUGGAGAGCAUAGCGGAAUCGCGAAAAUCAAGCGAGUUGUUAAUGGUUUGAAGCUGGAGAUGGUCAUCGAUGGAUUCGAGGAAGGACACGUCCACCAGGAGAAUGAUUACAUCGUACUUCACCGGGUGAAUCCCAGGACCCAAAAGGGUUAUCUCCUCGUCGCACACACCGCAUUCCACAAAGGAAAGAAGGAUCGCGGACACAUCGACCCCAUCAAGCUUCGUCGUACCCGAGCCAAAUACAUCCUCGGUGCCUCAAUCUCCAUCUCAUCGUAUACGCCGUCGAAGGAUUCCACCACCCUCAAAGGCCUCCCCUCUACUCUAGUCGACAUACCCUCUUCCUCUGUCCCAAUCCACACAUCCUCUGACUCCUCUGGACCCUACUCCGAAAUCACCGUACCUCAAACGUUCCCCCCAGGCAGCAUCAUGAUCUUCGAAACACAGAUUGAAGACUUUGACGCAGAUCUCGAGGAGCUCUGUCUCCAAGGCGCCUACGAAUCCGUUAAAGACCUUGACCUCGUCGACUUGAACGUCAUCCUUCACCGUGCCGAUGUCGAGGAGAAGGAUGCUACGGAUGGCAAGUAUGGUGCUUACGACGUACCUGGGCUGGGUAAGAUGGUAUACUGCGGAUUGGAAGGGUGGAUGCAUCCCUUGAGGCAUGUCAUGAAGUGGAAUGAUCUCGGACACCCUCUGUGUGCACAUUUGAGGGAGGGAACUUGGGCAUUUGACUACCUGUGGCAGCGACUCGAUGCACAAGUCGGAACAUUCCCCAACCUCGCCAAACCUGCUCAAUGGCUCAAGGAACGUUGCGAACGCGUCAAAUCCAAAGUCCCCACCUUCAUGCGUCCAAAGUACUUUGCCCUAAUCGUCUCUGAAGCAUACAAAGCAGCACGACUCGCAGUAGUGGAGCAAUGUUCCGACUUUGUCGUCUCCGGACACUCGUUCAUCCAAGACCUCGCACUGUGCUCUGUCCAGAUGCACGGAUUGGUUAAAUCAGCUAGUCUCGAUCCCGAGGUCAACACGCCUUCUUUGGCCGCUGGUUUGCCUCACUUUACUACUGGCUGGGCGAGAUGCUGGGGUCGCGACGUCUUCAUUUCACUGAGUGGUCUGUUCUUGACAACUGGUAAUUUUGAAGGAGCGAGGAGACACAUUCUGGCGUUUGCGACCACCCUGAAGCACGGUCUCAUCCCCAACUUGUUGGAUUCGGUUCGAAAUCCUCGCUACAACUCCCGCGAUUCACCCUGGUGGAUGCUCCAAAACAUUCAAGACUACGUUAAACGCGCACCGGACGGACUGUCCAUCCUCUCUGAAACCAUCAAACGGCGCUUCCCCAAGGACGACACCUACGUGCCCUGGGACGAUCCCCUCGCCUACUCCCAGACCUCCACCAUCGCAGAAAUCAUCCAAGAAAUCCUCGAGCGACAUGCACAGGGUAUCUCCUUCCGUGAACACAAUGCCGGUCCCAACUUGGAUAUGCAGAUGAAGCCUGAAGGUUUCGAUAUCAAUGUGUACGUCGACUGGGAGACAGGAUUUGUGCUUGGAGGAAGCAAGCAUAACUGUGGGACGUGGAUGGACAAGAUGGGAGAGAGCGUCAAGGCGGGUACGAAGGGCGUUCCCGGUUCCCCUAGGGAUGGAGCGGACGUGGAGAUCAUUGGAUUGUUGAAGAGCACUUUGAGGUGGGUGAGCGAGCUGAGUGCAAAGGGCCAAUUCCCGUUCAAGGGCGUUACUGCCAAAGUGAAUGGCCAAGACAAGUUUGUGACAUACAAGGAAUGGUCGGAUUUGAUUCAAGCUUCGUUUGAGAAGUACUUCUACGUACCUCUUGAUCCGGCAGAAGACGUAAACUAUAAGAUCGACACCAAGCUCGUCAACCGACGUGGAAUCUACAAGGAUGUCUACGGUUCAGGUGCUGACCAUGCCUGGGCAGAUUACCAAUUCCGAUGCAACUUCCCCAUCGCCAUGACUGUCGCUCCUGAGAUGUUCGAUCCUCAACAUGCCUUAGGUGCCCUGAAGCUUGCUGACGAGGUUUUGAGGGGUCCUCUGGGCAUGAAGACACUCGACGCGCAGGACUUGCAGUACAGACCUGUGUAUGACAACCAGAAUGACUCUGACGACGCCAGUGUCGCAAAGGGUCUGAACUAUCAUAAUGGACCGGAAUGGGGAUGGCCGCUCGGAUACUUCCUCAGGGCCUACCUCCACUUUGACCUGAUCGCGGGAGAGGGCAAGACGAACCCCCAACAAACCCUCCACAAGCUCUACGGAAAGCUACUUACACCGCGUCAUCAUAUCCAGAAAGACCCUUGGCGCGGCCUACCCGAACUGACGAACGCGAACGCAGAGUACUGUCGAGAUUCGUGCCCCACGCAGGCAUGGAGCGCGAGCACGCUGCUUGAUUUCCUGGAUGACGUUCACAACCUAUCUCUCUAG